AGGCAAGAGUCAGACGAACCAGGAGCCCGCAGGGGAAGGUCGACUGAGACCGCGUGCCCACGGGGAGCCCGCCUCUGAGUGCGGAGUGCUGGCCAGACGGGACAAGGGACCUGCUGGUGGCCGUGCGUCGGAGAUUUCUAAAAGACCCGACCCGGAGAAAAAGAACGUCUCUCUGCCUGCAGACCGGCAGAGGGAGAAUUGUUGAGAGGGAGACCUAGGGCAGAGUCCGGGCAGCCGGCCCUGGCAUCCAGAGGUCUCCUUCGCUGGCCGGCCGCAUCGCGGGCGUUUCAGUCCGUUCCGUCAUUGAGUGGUUCCUGCCGACAGCCCGUCCCCCACCCCAGGCAAGCCCUGCGUGCGGGUCCCGUCGUCACUCUGCACAGAGAAAGCCCAGCGGCCCCGCCGCAGCCUAGGGCACUCGGCGUCUAGCUCCCGGCGGGAGGGCAGCGGCGCCCGAAGCCCGGCUGUGUGCGGACUCGGCCGGUUCAGAGCAGUCGCUUCCCGCGGGGCAGCGAGGGGGCGGGAGGCGGCCUGGGUAGGCUCGCGGCCGCCGGAGGCUGCGCCUGCCCCGGAGGAUGCCCAGGAGACCGCCGGAGUCUCUCCGGAUCAGAACUUUGUAGGCUGUGCGCCCCACCCCCGCAGUCCCUGGGCCUUGCACCGGCAGGUGGGGGCCGAGGGGGCGCCGCUGCGAGUCUCCUCCUGUCCCCCCCCCCCCGCACCCACCUUGGCUCGGGCCCCCGUCGCUUUGUUCCGAGCGCGCGGAGGGAAGGCGAGGCUGCGGCGGAUCAUGCCCAUGGUGUAGCCGCGAAGCGGAGGCAUGGCUGCCGGAAGGUUACUGCUCUACACCGGUCUCUCGCUCGCGCUCUGCGCCCUGGGCAUGCUGGCCGUGGCCAUCUGCUCGGACCACUGGUACGAGACGGACGCCAGGAAGCACAGGGACAGGUGCAAGGCCUUCAACACCCGCCGGGUGGACCCCGGCUUCAUUUACAACAACAACAACAACUUGCCCCUCCGCGCGAGCCGCUCGCGCCUGGACCGCUGGGAGGGCAAACUCCUCCGGGCCCGGAACCGCCGGCAGCUCUUCGCCAUGAGCCCGGCUGACGAGUGCAGCCGGCAGUACAACUCCACCAACAUGGGCCUUUGGAGGAAGUGCCACCGGCAGGGCUUCGACCCCGAGAUCGCGGCCCUCAUUCGAAAAGGAGAAAUUGAGCGGUGCACGUACAUCAAAUACCACUACUCCUCAGCCACCAUCCCGAGGAACCUCACUUUCAACAUCACGAAGACCAUCCGGCAGGAUGAGUGGCACGCCCUGCACCUGCGCAGGAUGACGGCCGGCUUCAUGGGCAUGGCGGUGGCCAUCAUCCUCUUCGGCUGGAUCAUCGGCGUGCUGGGCUGCUGCUGGGACCGGGGCCUUAUGCAGUACGUGGCGGGGCUGCUCUUCCUCAUGGGAGUGCAGCUGAAAUUCCCAGAGGGCAGAGCCGAGAACAAACCCGCUGGGCAGAGGACCCCGUUGGUUCUUCACAGGACAGUGCGGGGUGCAGCACGGGAUUUAAACCCUCUCCUUGCAGAAGUCCUCGACGCAGCUGGGCCCACGAGCCGUGCGCGAACAGCGGGGACACGGUUCAGGAGGGGGACAGAAGUGGCCCCUGCUGUGGUCGUACGAGUCUGUGCCCCCAACGAGACCUUUUCCUCCCCAUCCUGGAGGCGGCCCUUCGUCACUGGACAUCCACCCCUUCCCUAGAGGCCACGUCCGUGCAGAGGAAAGAAAAUGGGUCACGUGCAGAGAGCGCACCUCCGUGUCCCCUGGGCCCACGUUUGUAUGAUAUGAUGUAAAUUAAUGGAGAACUCUCGACGUUUCCCCUCCUCCUCCUCCUCCUCCUUCCCUCUCGAUAGUCAAAGCCAGGAACCCCAAAAGAGCCGUCCCAGAGGCCAGCCCCCAGAUGGAGGUGGUGCCAGUGCAGCCCUGAGCCUCCGGCUCCUUCGCGCACACCGGCACACUGCGGGCGAUGGAGCUGCAGAGGCGGCCAGCGAGGCGUGGAGGCUGUAGGGGCAGGGGCAGCGGAGGGCCACCUCGGUGACCCUGCUGGGGCCGAGCCGCCCCGCAGAGGCAGGAGAGAGUCCCCGAGCUCUAGAGCCGAGAAUUCAGUUGCUUCAGAAAUGAAUGCGCUUUGGAAACUUUGCCCACCAACCUCUCAGCAGCCUCCCCUCCCGCCGGCGCCCUGUCUUUCCUAGCUCCGCCUCCAGGGCCCACCUCCUCUUCUCACCCACUAACCGCUGGGCCUCUGCCGCUCCCUGCGCCAGGCCGUGCGUCCUGCCUGUGUCCUCCUCUGCCCUUCUGACUGCGCGCGACUCCCAUGGGACAGGACACCCGGUGUGCACGGUGGGCCUGAGUGUGGGUCUCUGUGUGUGCGGACACCUCCGGUUCAGUUUGCGUGUGUUCGCCCAUACGUACCUGGGCGCAGGUGUUGGGUGUCCUCUUCAAGGCUUCCUGGCCAGCGGCGCUUGCCAGCUUCUGCAGGAGGUCUCGCGUGUGAGUGCGUGCCCUGGGUACGGGCAUGCGGGGUGCUGAGGGGGAGGGGUACAGGCAGGAAAUGCCGCUAGCUUCCAACUUAGCUUCUAAGGAUCUUUGUAAAACAGAGGCUCUAGUCUAUAAGAAGGGAAGUCAUUUUCAGGAACAUCCAGUUUUCAAUUGUACGGGGAAUUGUGUUUUUAAAAAGUUAGAUUUCCCUCUGAAGGCGAAGGCGGCGUACUUGGGCUUGAGGAUAAGUGAGAAGUAUCUCAGAUGGAGAGGCCUCGUCUUCCUUGCCAGUGUCCUGAAUGGGUUCCGCUGAGCAGAGAGAGGCGGGGGUCCAGGAGGGUGCUCUAGGGGCAGAGGGCUGGUGUGUGGCCGGGCCCGCAUUCCAGCUGUUUUGCAGUUGCAGGAAAGUGGGGAAGGAAUCCUAAAUGGGGCCAUUUGCUGUCAACCCUUUAAAGUUCAGUGACCGCAUGUGUGAGGAUCCCCCCUCGCAGACCUCUCCCUAUUUACACCCUCUUGUUUCUGUGCCACGCUCGCCCUAGACGGGUCGUCCACGCUCUCCAAGUGCUAAUCUGUGUGACAGGCAUUGACGCAGCUUACCGCGUCCCUUCGAAACCUCCCUGAAGUUGUCAGGAGGACUCUUGGGAGAGAAGCAAACCAUCAGGGGCCCAGUCACCAUCCGCUGGGUAGACGCUCUGAGCCGCCUUUUCCGGGGAAUGGGGCCAGACAGGUCCACGCAGGCGCAUACACACACACACUCUGUGGGGUCCGGUCCUGCUUGGAGUCCAGAAAGUGCCCAGCGGCGUGACCGGGAUGGAAGCCCUUAUGCAUGGCAAGUCCUGACCAAUGGGCAACUCCCCAGGUGACCUUGAUCCCUCCAGCCUGGGAGCUGGAGGUCAGAUCAAAGCUUCCUGGUCCAAGCAGUUGCUAAAGGUUCGUGGUGUGAGGUGGCUGAGGAAUAAGACAAGGAAGAAGGGGGGGGACCUUGACCGAAAGACUCUAUAAGUUGGGUUCUGCUAACUUGACAUCAGAGUAGAACCCAAUCCUCUGAGGGAUUUAGGGUCAGCAACUUCACCUCACUGAGGCCAGCUCGAGUUCAAAUUCCUUGCAGGUGUACAUGCAAGAUCUGUGACCUUGUGUGUGUGUUUUGAGCUCCGUGCCUAGGGGCCCCUUGAGCUUUUGUUUCCUUCCUUGUCUGUGAGAUUGAGGAUUCAGGCGAGUAGGGCAUCUGCCUAGAAAGAGGUCCUGUUUCUCUCUCUCCCCAUUUGGGGAAUUAGGGUUUCUUCUCUUUCCUUCCCAUCUCUUGUCCACUUUCCUUCUGUGUCAACGUCGGUCCGUUAAAAUCGUUACAGAAUUUGUCUCUAGAGGCUGGUGCACUCCUUGUUUGAGAGGCAGCCCCUUCCUUGUUUGGUGUGGCCGUAGGUUUUAUAAGCAGGUCUGUGGCUCCUGGGUAUCAAGAUAUUAAAAAAAAUGUGCCUGUUCCAGCUGCAACCUUUCUGCAACCCCCAGCCUUUCAGCUUCAGGGACCAGGAAGUCAUGAAGGCUUGACAACUCCACCCAUCCCAGACCGCACGUCCGUAACAGCACCUCGGGCCCGGUGCCGUGCUGGUGUGUGCUGUUGCUGGGGACAAGGGAAGAAGGUGUCCCGAGACCCCGAGACUGGGCCCUGCAUAUUAACAUGUACCCACAGUCGUCACCUGUGCUUGUGCUGAGUUAGCAAGAAGACACGCCGCUUGGUCUCCGAAGAGUCAGGGCCAGAGUAACGAGAUCGAGUACAUCACCCAGAGACAGCUGGAGUUGCCUCUGUCUUCACCUGGCUGGUUCUGAAAGCACUCGUUCACUGGCUUUCGAGUAUGUGGGGAGAAGGAAUGGGAAGAAAUACCCUCUGGCCAUCUUCGGUAGCGUUUCCGUCGGGUGUCCGCCCGGUCCUUAGAACGGAGGUGAGGCCAGCUCUCCUCCGUCCGUGCUCCCUCUGCCCCAGAGCCCACCCGUCCCGGUGGGCGCGUGCAGCCCUUUCCAGGGAAACACAAGUCAUCUCCAGAGGUGAUUUCAUCACAGGUAAAAACAUUUGGUGCACGCCAGCCAGGCUGGCUUCUGGCCUGUCUUCCAGCUGGUAUAUAAUGAAUUAAUUAGUCAGGGGACAGACAUUGAAACAAACCCCCCUGAGCUGACAGACACGAGAGAUUCCGGUGUCUCUUCUGAGCGGCCAGCGUGGAGGGCUGUGCUUGCCCCCUUCCUGUGGGUGCCGCCCUGGUGCAAAAAUGCUUCUUUGACAUUACCGUGAGUUCUUAGACUACGCUGCUAUUGGCUACUUGAUUUUUUUUUCCAAAAUAAUAUAGGCUCAUUAUAGAGAAUUGGAAAAAUAAAAUACAAGAAUGACUAAGAUCGUUCAUCCUUCCAUCACUCUGAGGCAUCCCAGGGUCCUGGCCCCAGCGUUUCCCGGUCAGUUGUGGUCUCUGGUUUGGAAGUCGGGGCUAGGAGGGCGGCCCAGGUCGCAGAACCACAGUGACCUCUCCGUGUGGAGUUGACCUUGUCUGUGUUCUUGGCAGCAAGAGCCCGGGGCUCUGCCCUCAAAGAGAGCAAAGAGGCCGUUGAAAAAGCUCAGUGCCGAAUGUAGCAGCAGUCUUGGAACAGAGCUAAAAGUUUCCUACUUUGGGCUUUUCUUUUUUUCUCUUUUCUUUCCUUUCCUUUCCUUUCCUUUCCUUUCCUUUCCUUUCCUUUCCUUUCCUUUUUUUUGCAUGCCCUCUCUAUCCAAUUGUAGGUGCAAGAGCUCUGAAGCUGCAGCAACUCAAUAAUCUGGCCACCCUUGUACAACCCAGUCCCCGUAAACCUCCUUUCGCUCAGCACCACCAUGAUCUGCAGCUCUGGGCACUGUGUCUUCUCCGUACUUGAACUUCCUCAUCCACGCAGUGAGGAGAGUGCUAACACUUUACCUCAUGGUAUACGAAGGGUGACAAGGAAAUGGCAAAGUGAUUUGCAAGCACGAAGUGCCACAUAAAUUGUGCACCGUUCAGAUUACCCUGCCGCAGCCACGUCCCCACGGACGGCGGAGAGGCUGGCCCGGAGGGAUCGGCCGGUCAUCCUGGCCGCGGGUCUAGGGAUGUUAUCUCAUCAUUCAGGUCCCUCCACGAAGCUGGCUCCCUGACUGAGUCAGUCCCAGGCUUCAUUCCUUUUGUCCAAAGCCAGUUUUGCGAAGGGCGCUCUUACUGCCUCUUGCUGAUUCCCGCAGGUGAUGGAAUGAGUCAACCCUAUGGGACAGAUCACAUACAUUAGUGAGAAAAGUUGACUGUACAAACCAAGGCACGUGGUCAGUGCCUUAGUGUUUUCUUUACCGUCCUCCUAACAUUACAUCUCGCUGCACAGGCCCAAGUGGUGGGAGAAGAUCAGAUUCUGAAACAUGUCCGUGGUCCAUUCGGUUUAAGAUGGGAACACGUUCCAAGGAACUGGGACCUUUCCUUGGUAGGUGCAGCUAAUGGCGUCAUCAGAAGAGUGUGGGUUCUUUUAGGAAUUCCUUCCGAUGGAGUAUUCACGGGGACGGGUUCUGGGUGUGACCCUGCUGGGGAAGACGGACCCCUAGGGUCUACGCAAGGGAGGAAUCCACUUCAGCAGGGCCUGCACACUUUCUGCUCUGCAGGCGAGCGGGCUUUGGUGUUACGGUGAGAGCUUCCCUAAGGAACAGGGGAGCAACCCCCCUGAAGGGGUGCUUGCUCACUGUGGAGGGUGAGAAACCUGGGGGUGAGCUUGGAGGCUGCGCAGCGGAAGCUCACACCCGGCCGCUCUUUGACACACGCUAACCUCAGCGAUCGCAACCCCUCCUCUUGCAUUUCCGGGGACUGGCUGUCCCUCCUUGGGGAGUUCUCUGUCCCUCUGUCCCUCUGUCCUCUCCUGCCUCCCAUCUCUCCCUCUGGGUCAGCCUCUCCCUUCCCCCCCGGGCACCUGCAGGCCCUUUCCAGCCCGGACGUGUCGGGUGUCUGUGUGAGUGCGACGAUGCCUUUCCCGGAGAGUGUUUCCACGGACUCACCCUCCGUUCCCGCCUCUGGUGUGACCGUGUUGCUGUUCCAGACUCCCUGUAAAAAUGUACAAAUAGAAGUGGAAACCGAACGCCAGGGGGAGGGACUUGGACUAAAGGAAUGCACAGAUGUGGCCCUCAGUUUUCGGAGGACUGCCCCCAGGCCUGACUGGGGGGGACCUGGGAGGACAGAAGCCAUGGGCAUAGGACAGUUGUCCGGUUGUUCCUCUGACAGUCACUAGUGUGUGCUUGGAGCUCUCUGUUUGCCUUUCAAGUACAAUAUCCUUUUCCAAAAAGCGAAAGCAAGUCAUCAGAGUCCAAAAGGUACAGGUGAUCGCGAAGGUCAGCGCAGAGACCUGACCCUGGGGUCGCACGGGCAGCUCUGUCACUGGCUUGCUCGCCGCCUCAGGGACGCCUUGUUACCUCACCAUGCCUCCGUGUCCUCCCAGCCAAGCGGGGGCAGGGGGCUCCUUGGCCAUUCUGCUGCUAUUUCUAGAGCGGCUGGGAGCCCACGCUGGGGCGUGCUCACGUCCCGGAGGUGCAUCGGGAGGGUCCCUCCCUGCUGGUCUCGCCCGCCUCCCUCCCGUCCUCAGAAAGCAGCCUCGAGCUCCCGGCCGGCUUGGGCGCGGAGUCCAAAGCCUUCGAUCUGCCUGUCAUCCUCAGAUGCCUUCCCCCAGCCCCUCUUUGACGAUCUCACUCCACUGUUGCUGCUGACAGGGCUGGGCUGAGCCGGGGCAGGAGAAGCACUGUCGUCACAGGGCGUGAUGGCAUGUGAAGCUCUCUGUGACCUAUGGCUCCCCGCACAGACCCGGCAGGCGGCGCCCCGAGCGGGGAGUCUGGCUGAGGGAUGUGGCCGGAUCAGAGGGAAGACAUCCCCGGCGGGCGGCGGGGCUGAGGCAGUGGGCGGCAGAGGUGGCAUUAAGAUACAGGACCCUUUUAAAGGGAAAAUGCCAGGAUCGCAGAGCAUCCUCAGUGUGGUGACAGAGAAGGAGCCCCCAAAGGCAGGGCACCCUGAAAUAAGAGGAAGUGGGAAAGAGGAGCCGAGCGGUGAUCUUAGAACCUAAAGAGCGGUCUCCCCCUGGGCCUGGAAGACCAGCUGCCCCGGGAGGGGUGUUCACACUGGGCUCGGCCGGGGACCUGGCCCCUCCCCUUCCGUGGCACCUUCUUUCCAACCCUGCCUCUUCUCUGAUGGUCCGCCUGGGUCAUCUCUGGGGCAAGGGAAGCAAUUUAAAGAUCGUAUUUAUUUAUUUUAGAGAGACGGGAAGGAAGGGAGAGAGAAAGGGUGAGAAACAGCAAUGUGCAAGAGAUACCUCUCGAGCGCCCCCAACUGGGGACCUGACCUGCAACCCAGCCAUGUGCCCUGACGGGGAAUGGAACCGGUGACCUCUCGGUUCGCAGGCUGGCACCCAGUCCACUGAGCCACACCCUUCGGAGCAAGGAAGGCAGUUUAAACCAGUGCUGUCCAACAGAGAUAUCACAAGAGCCACAAAUGCAAUUUUACAUAUCAGUCAAGGUAGAGAUAAAAAUAGGAGCCCCAUUUUUCGAAGUCCAGAGAAACAGGCAAAAUUCAUUUUAACACAGAUUUCAACCCAACAUGUGAAAAGCUAUUGUUAUUUUAACAGGGAAUCAAUAUAAAAAAUUACCGAGUAGGAUAUGUUUUUUUUUUUCUUUGAAGAAAGCCUUCAAAAUCCGAUGCACAUUUUAUUCUUAGAAAAUAUCUCAGUUUGGAUCGGCCACAUUUCCAGGGCUCAAUAACCCCAUGUGGCUACUGGCUCUUGUAUAGGACAGCGAAGGCUGGGACUCUGUCGCAAGACAGAAGGGGAUUCUUCUCACCUGGGAGUCCCUCAGCUCUGACAUCCAACAGAGGCUAGAGGUCAGGGUUAGCCCAGAGGAGAAGGGGUAGGAGCCGUGUCCAGGCUGCUGUCAUGUCUUGCCCUACUUGCUGAGCUAGAGAAGACCAAUGCUUAUCAAGUACAUGUCACAACCGCCCCAGAGGGGUAUCAGCACUGCCCCUGGGCAUAGCCCCAGUGACCUGUGGAGAUCCUAGAGGCCAAAGCAGGUCACUUUCUCCUGCUACAGGAGCAUGAGCUUAUCCCUUAUCCAGGCCCAAUUGUCUUACACAAGUGAUGGGUGUGUGGCCUGGGGGGCGGGGCAGGCAGGGUUUUCCUCGUCAAGAAUAAAGAUUGUCACCACCUUCUGUCAUCUGUUCCAGUCACCCGCUAAUAACAUCUCACCAAUAUUUGGAGCUAUUUGCUCAGCACUCAAUUUCCUUAAAUCUGUGUCUUAGAGUCAAAUGCUAGAAGGGGAUAUGCUGGGAGGAGCAGCGGCCGCAGGCAAACUGGGUCUCCUGAGAGGUGGCAGUGACAAGCUCUGUCCUUUGCCCUGGUACUCGGUCCACCAUUGCCUAUCUCCUCCCUGUCUGGGACCUUCCUUACAUUUAGAGAAACCUCUUUUGUUCGGGAAGAGAAAAGACAAAUUGCAAGAUCAUAGUGCAGAGAACAGAAUAAAAUGCAAGCAAGCGACCCCUCAUUCUCAAAGCCUUUCAAAGAGCCAAUAUGACAAGGUUCAACACAUUUGAAAUACAGUAUAACAUUCUGAGCCUUGUUUCUGAGUGCAAGAAAAUGAGCCGAUUUGGUAUGUUUUAUAUGUGGUCAUUAGACAGGGACCAUAGCCGACAAAACUCUCCAACACCUGGCGUGUUUAUGGUCCACCAGAUUAUUGCUCAGUCAAUAUGAAUUUAUUUACCUUUGAUUUGCAUAGUGCUUUCUGAUUGGUCAAAGAGCGGCGUGUACUGCAGGAUUCCAACACGCCUCUGCCCUGGGAGGUAGCAAUUCCUGUGGUUAUUGGUGCUACAAUAAGAUUAAAUAUUAUGUUAAUGUGUUCUGAUACGAUGUGAAUAAAUGUGUUGUUUAAUCUUAAUAAGAAUGCUACAUCUUAUCAGAUCUACUGUACUGUCUGUUCCUUCUCAUAAUUAAUUAAUUACACGAAAGGUGAUCCAAACCAGAUCUUGAAACUAUUGUGCUAUUCUGAGAGGUGAAUUUCACGGGGAAGUGGGAGGGGGGAUGAAAAGGGAAAUUGCCAGGUUCCUGGGACUUUGAGAGGACUGAGGAAGCAGAGAGCAUCUGGGGACUUCACUGACACUGACUGCAUCGUGCAAUUUUCUUUUUCAAAUUGGCAGAAAUAUUGUAUUUCCAUCGAUCGAAGAAAAAAAAGGUGUCUGGUAAUUAAUUAAAUGACUUGUUCAUGGAAAAAAAAUAAAAAUAAAUAACCUGUCAGUUGUGGAAUGUAAACUGAUUAAACAAUUAAAUAAAGAAGAUCAUGUUGUGUGUUUUAA